AUGUCAGGCUCAGUGGUUACCAAUGGCGUGCCCGAGAUCAAGUCCAAAGUGGUGGAAACACCACUCCUUAUUGUUGGUGCGGGGCCAGCUGGCGGCUCGUUGGCCUGCUUUCUCUCAUAUCCGCCUUAUUCAAUGACAGGUAUCAUGAUAUCUGCUGCCACUACAACAUCACAGACACCGAGGGCGCACAUUACGAAUCCGGCCGCCUUUGAAUGUCUUCGAGAUAUUGAUUUGGAACAAACUUGUCUUUCCCAGGCUGUUGAGGGCGACUGCAUGGUCCAUACCCGUUGGUGCCAUGAUAUGACCGGCGAAGAAUAUGCUCGGAUCUAUUCGUGGGGUAAUGACCCGAAAAGACACGGGGAAUAUGAAGCAGCCACUCCUUGUCAUCAUGUCGACUUGCCUCAAACGAUUUUUGAGCCUAUUCUGGUUCAGAGGGCGUCGGCUCAAGGCUGGGAUGUCAGAUUCCGAACCAGCUUCGUCAAUUUCGAGAGAGAAGACGACGGAAAAAUACUCAGUCGAGUCCGAGACGAAUUAACCGGCACCGAAUACUAUAUCCGCUCACAAUAUCUUUUUGGAUGUGAUGGAGCAAGGAGCCAAGUCCUGCGAGAGCUCAAGAUCCCUUUGAUCAAGAAGCCGGGCCAGGGAUUGGCCUUGAAUGUCUUGGUGAAAGUGGAUCUUAGCGAUUCUGUUGAGGCUAGGAAGGGUAACCUGCACUGGGUAUUUCAACCCGAGAAGGAAUAUCCAGACUUCGCCUGGAGCGGACUGAUCAGAAUGGUCAAACCAUGGAAUGAGUGGAUGUUCAUUCUCUUUCCCAAACCUGGAACAGAGUGGAAAGAGCCCACUCGUGAGCAAUACCUCCAAAGAUGCAAAGAAAUUGUUGGCCGAGACGACCUCCCCUUGGAAAUUCUUGACAUCUCUAAAUGGUACAUCAACGAGAUUGUGGCAGAGUACUACUCCGAUGGCAACAUCUUCUGCCUAGGCGACGCUGUGCACAGGCAUCCUCCCUUCAAUGGUCUCGGAUCCAACACCUGCGUGCAGGAUGCGUUCAACCUGGCGUGGAAAAUCAAAUACGUCACUCAGGGCCUUGCGUCUCCUGCAAUUCUCGAGACAUUCAGUCAUGAGCGGCAGCCUGUUGGCUUGGGUGUGAUUACCCGCGCGAACCAGGGUAUCCGAGACCACGUCCCUGUUUGGAGAGAAAUGGGUCUUAUGGAGGAAACAGUCGAGGAGAGAAUGAAGAUCUUUAACAGCCUGAAGACAGCCACACCUGAGGCCCGAGAACGGCGGAGACGGGUCAAUGCGGCAAUCGAAGGGACGAGUCACGAAUUCCACGGUAUCGGCGUCGAGAUGAAUCACAGGUAUGAAUCAACAGCCGUGUACCUUGACGAUGAAAUCAAGGCUAGUACGCCCAAGCCCGAAUGGCCCGAAGACCCAAUCCUGCAUCACAAAGUCAGCACUUACCCGGGCCAUCGACUUCCUCAUGCGUGGCUGAAUCGGACCAUUCCCGUGAAGGACCACACUUCAACGAUUGACCUGGCUGGACAUGGACAAUUCUGUCUGCUGACUGGUAUUGGGGGCGAGAAGUGGAUCGAGGCUGCAGAGAAGGUUGGCAAGGAGCUCGGAGUGGAGAUUAACACCCACACGAUCGGAUGGGGACAGGAUUGGGUCGAUGUUUAUCGGGAUUGGGAGCGUAAGAGAGAAGUCGAGGAAGAUGGAUGCGUGCUUGUCAGGCCUGAUCGGUUUGUCGCAUGGCGAUCAAUGGGUCUACGGGAUGACUGCGCUGAGAAGCUGGGCGAGGUCUUGAAGAGAGUCCUCGGACGGUCAUAG